AUGCCGGGGGCCAGACAUAAGAUACUUGGGCACGUCCUAUCUGGCUUUUGCCAUAAGAUGAAUCGUCGUAAACCCAUAUAUGGAGAUUCAUUGGAUACACCACUCAACCGAUGUCUCACUACCUUGGACAUCACCUUAUUGGGUGUGGGGCAUAUGGUUGGAGCAGGCAUUUACGUCUUGACUGGCACUGUCGCUCGUCACAUGGCUGGACCAGCAACUGCUCUGAGUUUUCUUUUGGCUGGAAUAACAUCUACCUUGGCUGCUCUCUGUUACGCUGAAUUCGGAACUAGAAUACCGAGAGCGGGCAGUGCCUACGCCUACACAUACGUCAGCAUCGGUGAAUUUUGGGCUUUCAUCAUAGGUUGGAACAUCGUGCUGGAAUAUAUGAUAGGAGCCGCAUCUGUGGCUAGAGCGUGGUCUGGCUACCUUGAUGCCAUGCUGGACGGUGCAAUAAGCAACGCUACCAUUUCCAUAACAGGAGAAAUGCACGAAACUCUUUUGAGUAGAUAUCCAGACGUCUUAGCAUUUUUAAUAUGCAUCGUGGCAUCUUUAAUUUUAGCUGUUGGUGUUAAAACUUCAGCAUACAUAAAUAAUGGCCUCACAAUCUUGAACCUCUUGGUUAUAUCCCUUGUGAUUUUCCUCGGCUUCUAUUACGCUGACAUCGGUAAUUGGUCCCAAAAGAAUGGUGGGUUCAUGCCCUACGGAGUGAGUGGUGUAUUAGCUGGCGCUGCUACAUGUUUUUAUGCAUUCGUGGGCUUUGACAGUAUAUCAGCUUCCAGUGAGGAAGCAAAGGACCCAUCUCGGUCAAUCCCCAUCGCUACCAUCCUAUCAAUGGCACUUGUUGCUUUUGGCUACAUUUUGGUCGCUCUAGCUUUGACUUUGAUGGUUCCGUAUCAAACUAUCAACCCUGAUGCUGCUUUGCCAGCUGCCCUUGGUGCAGUUCACGCUGAUUGGGCUAAGUACGCAGUUGCCGUAGGCGCGGUGUGCGGUAUGACCACAACUCUGUUGGGCUCCUUGUUUUCUUUGCCACGGUGUCUAUAUGCCAUGUCCGCUGAUGGUCUCUUAUUCGGUUUCCUCAGUGACAUCAAUAACAAGUCACAGAUUCCUAUUGUUAAUUUGAUUAUAUCUGGCGUAUCUUCAGCCUUGAUAGCUCUAUUGUUUGAUUUGGAGAAGCUUGUGGAGUUUAUGUCUAUAGGAACUUUGUUAGCAUACACCAUAGUCAGUGCUGCAGUGAUUAUACUUCGUUAUCGGCCUGUUCCUGCGGUGGAUGACAAGAGUUUUGGAGUACCGCAACUGGAGUCUCCUGGUGACAGGGAAGAUAGUUCAGCGACUGGUACUCCGGCUACUGAUGGUGGUUCUUCUUCCUCUGAGAUGUUUGAAGCUUUGACGGUUGGUCGUCUUCGGGCUCAGUACGCUUGGUUGGAGCCCCUGGCAGGCGGCAGGGCUCCCGGAGCUGCUGUGACGAGCUGUGUGUACACGUUUACUGCUGCCGCUGCAGCUCUUUGUGCUCAUAACCACUUCUUGGCGGAACCAGCUGGACUGUGGGCUUUGCUGCCAGACUUUGUCCUGAGUUUCAUUAUUGUUGCUUGUUUGGUGAUAAUUUGGGCACAUCAACAAAGUCCAACGCGGCUUCCUUUCCGUGUGCCAUGGGUUCCUCUGCUGCCGGCUCUGAGUGUCAUGCUCAACGUUGAGCUAAUGAUAAACCUUAACGCACUCACUUGGGCUCGAUUUGCUAUUUGGAUGACUUUCGGCCUCCUUCUUUACUUCUUAUAUGGGAUACACCACAGCAAACUCGGCGAGGGAGUCACAGGACUUCUAUCUCGGUCAGCCAGUGGAGGAGGUCACAGUGGCGGAUGGGGUGCUGUUGAGAAGACGAGUGCUAUCGCUCGUCGCGUCGGGCGUUUCGCUCGCGGCAGUAAGGGCGACGACCGCAAACCGAUCAUUAGCGACGACGACUUAUCCAGGCGUGAACCGUGA